AUGGUGGUCACCUCGGAAAAUUUGCACGAUGACAAGGGCCCCAAGAUUCUGGCUGUCAUCUGGACCUUGACUGGACUGACAGCGCUCAUGGUGAUAGCUAGAGUCUACAUCAGAGUCUUUAUGUUACGAAAUUUUGGCGUUGAUGAUUAUCUGAUUGUGGCUUCGAUGAUAUCGGGAAUAGCAUAUUGUGCCAUCACCACAGUCGGCGUAAAUACAGGCUUUGGAAAACACGCCAUGUAUUUGGCCUCGGACGAUUUGGAGUUGGCUAUACUACUCAACCUAGUUAGCUUCGUAUUUGGGAUUGUCUCCUUCACUCUCCCCAAGCUGGCUGUGACGGCUAUGUUAAACCGGAUCUUGAAUCCUAGCGCACUGAAAAAGGCUAUAUUAUGGGCAAUGACUGGGACCGCUGCUGUCGUGUCCAUUAUCUGCAUACUCAUCUUGUUCACCAUGUGCGAUCCACCGGCAGCACUGUGGAAGGCCUCAUUGGUAGCGACAGCCACCUGCAAGGACACCGAAAUUCUCAUCGACUAUGCGAUCUUCACUGGAGCUGUCUCGGCCGUUAUCGAUCUAGCCCUGGCAUUUUAUCCGAUUUCCACCCUGCUAAAACUCCAAAUGUCUCUACGAAAGAGACUAGCACUUUGCGCUGCUCUGGGACUUGGUUCAAUUGCCUCUGCAAUGGCAAUUGUCAAAUGUACCCAGCUGCAUGGACUUGCCGACAAAGCUGAUUAUACCUAUGGAACUGCCGAUCUUGUCAUGUGGACCAACAUUGAGGCCGACGUCGUCGUUAUAGCAUCAUGCAUCCCUACCUUGCAACCGCUCCUCGAGAUCAUCAUGGGCAAGCGAGCUCUAGGCUCCUACAGCCAAGGAAAGGGCGACAACUACAAAAGCAGCAGCAACUUCCCUUCCUCGUUCAGCCGCGCCAAACAAUCCAACACAAACGGAAAAGACGAUCUCGGCUUCACCAACAUCGACGGCCAAGAGAGUCAAGAAAGCAUUCUUCCCGUCGACGAACGAGGAAAUAAUAAUGUCCACCACAUGGGCCAGAUUCACCGCACAGAUGAUGUGACGGUAUCAUACGAAUCAUCUCCCAAGGCUGCCGGCCAAGCUUAUCCAGGAGCCUGGUAG